AUGAAUCCUGAACGAGGAGACACCGACCUGCUUGCUCAGCACGACUAUCAGGCAGCAUACAUCUUCGAUCCUGAGAAUGGGGAGACCCCAGGGCGGCCAUCGAAGAAGCGGAGGGUGUCAAAACAGACUAAAGGAGCCUCUUCAACGACAGAGGACUCAAUUCUGGGAUUCGUCCCUUUGCUCAAUGGUGCAGAGAAGCCCGAUUUCGUCAAAUUGAGGGCGCAGUUGUAUCGCGAGAGCUGGGGCAAAGUCGAAAACCGGAUUCAGGAUGCUUUACGAGAGUCGAACUCGGUGACUUUGGACCAGGUAGCUACCUUUGUGGGAGAAGCCAAGGAAGCUGCAGACGACAAGAUUCCAUCAGCCUUUAUCAUCACGGGGUCAAACCUAGCUUCGCAGAACCUUCUUUUUGAGCAGCUGUCAGAAUCGUUACAGGCGGCCUCCAAGAGCAAGUUUGUCAGGUUACGAUCAUCCGAGGCGGUCAGCCUCAGAGCGAUGCUGAAGAAGAUUAUCCGCGAGGUCACCGAUGCGAACAGCGACAGCGCUGGAGAAAAUUUACAGAUGACCAAUGGUCAAGAUAUCCGCCGGCAAUAUCUAGAUUACGAUCUCGAGGCACUGCAUGCGUAUAUCAAGACCGAUCCUUGUGAACACAUCUUCGUCGCGUUUGAAGACAGCGAAGGGUUCGAGAGCGGACUCCUCUGUGAUCUUAUCCCGCUCUUCAACGCAUGGCGCUCGCGCGUGCCGUUCACGCUGCUCUUUGGCGUCGCAACAUCGACCGAGUUGUUGCAGGCGCGCCUGCUCAAGUCGGUCUGCCAGCAGAUUUAUGGGGCGCAAUUCGACGCCGUGCAGUCGGGUAGCAUCCUGGAGACUGUUUUCAAGAUUGCCGUAGCAGCAGCAGAUGUGCCAGUUCGAAUAGCCGGGCCACUGCUUCGCAGCAUGCUGGAGCGGCAGCAGGAUCAGGUGGCAGGCAUCCAAUCCUUUGUGAGCUCGUUGAAGUAUGCAUACAUGUGUCAUUUCUACGCGAAUGCACUCAGCCCGAUACUCGCCGCUCCAGAUCACGGCGCUCCUGCGCUCCAGGCCGAGCAUGUCGAAGCCCUCCAGUACAGCUCUUCCUUCCAGAUUGCACUGGAGAAAGUCAUUGCUGAGAGCGACGUGAGCGAUGUGGAUGAUUUGAGCGCAUUCUUCGUGCAGCAGGUUGCAAACUUGGCAACGGACUGUGGCUCCAGGGCGGCGGCUCAGAGACAGACAUGGGUCAGUUGCGCGGUUCGGGGUCUAGAGGUCCUUCGAGCCGUGAGCACCGGAAGCACCAACUUUCCCCAAUUGGUCAUUGAGAUAUACAGGCACGGUGACGAAGAGCUCAGACUUGGGCCUUCGAGCGAGGCAGACCACGCCGCGCUUCUGACGAGGCUGACAGAAUUAACCACCGAGCUGACUCUUCUUCAAAAGGAGGCUGAAUCAAAAGGCAUAUCGCUUCACAGCAAGUAUACCGGCCACAACACCACUGUCCGGACGACAGUCAUCAGACAGCGAGUUCACCUGAGCAAGGACACGAUGGCGCUGAGCGAGGAAGACAAACAAAUGACGCGCAUCGUCGACGACACGAUAGCAGCGAUCACGGCCAACCUUGACGUGGUGCCACCGAACGAGGUGUUCCUUGCCGAGAGCUGGCUCUACGAUUCAAAAGCGCCAUCGCGAGACGUCUUUGUGCCACGUCCCCGCGUCGUCUUUGAGCGCAGCCUAGCUCGACCGAGCGACUACCUGGCCUGCGAGUGCUGCCAAGAAAGCCACGACGGUGUGCAGCCGACUCUGCCGACAACGUCCAUCUUGUACCAAAUGUAUCUAGAGACGGGGAGUCUCAUCAACGUAGCUGAUCUGUGGACUGCGUUCCACGCCGCAGUGAGCAAGGAGGAGGAGGACGAGCGCAAGGUGCUCAUGCUAUUCUACCGGGCUCUGGCCGAACUGAGAGCCCUCGGCUUUGUCAAAGGCAGCAAGAGGAAGGCGGACCAUGUGGCCAAACUGAAGUGGCUGUGA